AGAAACAGAAACAGAAACAGGAAGGAACGUCAGGAGUCCCCACUCGGCCACCAAUACUAUUCAAUACAAUACUUAAACAUUCCACAUUCGCUUCCUUGAUGAUUCGGAUCACGUUUUCAAUAACUUAGCCUUCAAUCUUCUCCUAUAUACUCUUUAAAAUCUCUGGCCGUCGGAGGCUUGUGAGAGCAAGUCAACCGUAAUCUCCGCCUUCCGCGUUUUCUCUGUACUUUUUGAAUCACAAAAAGCCCUUCUGAAUCUUUUAUUUGCAUAAAUCUCAUAUUUCAGAUUCUCUUCUUCUUCCUGAUCACAACAUAGCUGCCCAGAUUGGUUAAUGCGACAACCUCAAACCUCCCACAGUGUUUGUUUCAAAUGGCGAAGUCUAGUUCUGGGUCUGAGUUCUUGAAGAGUUUCAAGAUUCCCAUGUAUGUACUUGAUUCCAAUUCGAAGAGUGAUGGGGAGAAAGUUCCUGAUGUACCUGAGUGUCCAGUUUUGGUGUUCAUCAACUCCAAAAGUGGUGGUCAGCUCGGUGGCAAUCUUCUGGUGACUUAUCGUCAGCUGCUCAAUGACUGUCAGGUUUUCGAUGUGGGGGAAGAGGCUCCUGAUAAGGUGCUGCGCCAAAUUUAUGUCAAUCUAGAAACGCUCAAGCGCAAUGGGGAUGAAUUUGCUACCAAGAUUCAAGAGAAACUGAGGAUCAUUGUUGCAGGUGGUGAUGGCACAGCUGGCUGGCUUCUUGGAGUUGUUUCUGAUAUGAAAUUAGCUCAUUCGCCGCCUAUAGCAACUGUACCCUUGGGAACUGGAAACAAUCUUCCAUUUGCAUUUGGCUGGGGAAAGAAAAAUCCUGGAACAGAUACUCAUGCUGUGGAGUCCUUUUUGCGUCAAGUAAAGGGAGCCAAGGAAAUGAAGAUAGACAGCUGGCACCUUCUCAUGAGGAUGAAGAUUCCAAAAGGUGGUCCAUUGGAUCCUAUUGCACCUCUCGAGCUACCCCAUUCUCUGCAUGCUUUUGGCCGCGUCCCCGAAACAAAUGAGCUGAACAUGGAAGGCUUCCAUACAUUUCGUGGGGGAUUUUGGAACUACUUCAGUAUGGGAAUGGAUGCUGAAGUAUCAUAUGCGUUUCAUUCAGAGAGGAAAUUGCAUCCUGAAAAGUUCAAAAACCAGCUAGUUAAUCAGUCUACUUAUGCAAAGCUUGGGUGUUCACAAGGCUGGUUUUCUCCUUCCCUUGCUCAGAAUUCUGCCCGGAAUAUAGCUCAAUUUGCGAAGGUGAUGAUUAUGAAAAACCAUGGGGAUGACUGGGACGAGCUCAUCCUUCCUCCCAGCAUCAAGUCAAUUGUCUGCCUCAAUUUGCCUAGCUUUUCUGGUGGAUUUAAUCCUUGGGGAACACCGAGUAGAUGGAAGCGUAAUCAGUUCACCCCACCAUUCGUAGAUGAUGGCCAUAUAGAGGUUGUAGGUUUUACUUCUGCUUGGCACGGACUUGUAUUGCUUGCGCCAAAGGGACAUGGGACUCGUCUUGCUCAGGUCCGCCGAAUCAAAUUUCUGUUUCACAAAGGUGCAAUUGAUCAGACGUAUAUGAGAAUUGAUGGAGAACCCUGGAAGCAACCCCUUCCAUCUGAUGAUGAUACUGUGAUGGUGGAAAUAUCUCACCUUGCCCAGGUCAACAUUCUUGCUACCAAUGGGUGCAGGUCUAAAAGCAUACACAGUCCCUUAACUCCUCGGGCAGAUGAAGGAGUUAAUUCAGAUGAAGAAACUCUUGAAGAAGAGUUCAGGAAGUUUGGUGCAGCAGACACAUUCAAGCUUCCGGAAGAAAUUGAUAUUUCUCGUCUUAGUUAACCCAACUCUAAUCACGUCAUACACUUGUUUGAAAUUGAUUACUCUCUCGCUAUCUUCUUAGCGAGUUGCCGAGUUAGCUUAGUAUCAAUCAGUGAAGAUCUAUUCAUCUUAUUCUUUGGUGAAAAAAUGUUUUUAGCUGUAAAUGAUUGGAUAUGCUGUGUAUUGAAAAUACUUGUCACCUUCAUACAAGAAUUAUUUCCAUUUGGCCAUCAA